AUGACGAGACCCGAGAUUAUUCGUGCUGACUCGAUCGACCUCCAAGACGCCGAUGCGCCCUCCGCCAAAGACCACACGCGCACCGAAGCCAGCGAAUCCUCCUCCGCCUCCCUCGGCGCCCACCAGGCCGAAACGUUGCGCGAAGUCGCCCAAGAAACGGCCGCCGAGAACAGUCGCAGUCCCAGAAUCUCCUGGACCAACGGCAACCCCGAUCACCAGAGCUACGACGCCGACGACCUGGUGGCCAGCGUCACCAACAAGCUCGCCGAAACGAGCGCCGCCAAGACCAUGCAGGCGCAACAGCACCCGUCCGCCUCCCAGGACAGCCUCGCCGUCGCGCAAAAUGGCGGUCUUUCCACCGACGAGAGCGAUGCCGACGGCGACACAGACGAGAGCAUGGACGACGACAUGAUGGAUAAGAUUUCGAGCUCCCCCUCGAUCGAAGAUGGUAGGUGUACCUCUCUGCCGCCUCUCUGGCCCCGGCGCGUGGAUUCCCUGCCGCCGGACCAAGAGCCCGGUGUCCCCUGCUCCCCCGCUACCCUUGACGAACCGAGGUCUUCCUCGCCGUACCUCGAGAUCGCGACCUACAUGCCCAUACACGUGUCCCGGAACCAGAGCAAGACAUUCACCGGCCCCUCUCCUACCGAGCCCUUUCCCACUGCCCCUUCGCCGGACCUGAAGCCGACCGACGCACAAUAUGACUGCGCCGAACUGGGGCCAUAUAGUCACGACGAAUACGACGACCAUGCGUACGACUUUGAGCAUGAGAUCUUCUUUGACGAACUCGACGACGCGCAUCAUCCAGAGGCGCAUGGUGACAUGCUUGCCCUCGACGCCAUGGGCGCCCACAGCCCUCCGUUGCUUGUUCGACCGCUGGACAUCAGGAAGGCGGUAAAAUCAGUUCGAUGUGCUGCCUGCAAAGAGAGCAACAAUGUUUCCGCUUUCAAUCGAGCUACGUGCGAAACGUCGGACGAUGCGCCUGCCAUGAUACCCUACGAAGCGACCGAAGAUGAUGAUGACGACGACUUCCCUUUCCCCUCAGACCCACGUUACAUUGAUGCUGGCUGGAACCCUGAAAGCUUACACGAUACAGAGGACAUUGAUUUUGACUUUGUCUAUGCGCUUCACACUUUUGUCGCCACAGUGGAAGGUCAAGCCAAUGCCACCAAGGGCGACACCAUGGUGCUGCUCGACGACAGCAACAGCUACUGGUGGCUGGUACGCGUAGCUAAGGACAACAGCAUCGGAUACCUACCGGCCGAGCACAUCGAGACGCCCACCGAAAGGCUAGCGCGCUUGAAUAAGCAUCGGAACAUUGACCUAUCAGCCACGAUGCUGGGCGACCAAGCGGGUAAGGAGUCUAAGAGCACUUUCCGCAGUGCGCUCCGUGGCAAGAAGAAGAAGACGGUUGUCUUUGCCGAGCCGACCUACGUCGACUACUCUGACUUUGCCGAUUUCUCAUCCGAUGAGGAGGAUGCCGAGGAGCUCCUCAACACGCAGCAGGAUGGCGCGCGCCAAGAACAAAAGGCCAAGGCCACAGAGCAGGCGCAGAAGGCUGCCUCUGAUGAGUCCAUUGACGAGACGGCGAAGGUGGAGCCUCUCAAGCCCAGGGCACCGAAGGAGGUCAAACUUGCCGAACCAGUCAUCAAGGAGGUGAUCGAUGAGGACGAGACGCGGCGCAGCAGCGAACAGUUCUUCGAGGCCAAGCCCGAGGGUCCCAGCAGGUCGAGGAACGGCACGGUCCGCAACACCGACUCUUUCUUUAAGGACGAGACAGUCGAGACGAAGAAGAUCACCCUGACGCCGAAUUUGCUGCGCGACGACACGGCGCCGAGAUCCUCCAAUGAUUCCAAGGAGCUCAAGCAGCGGGCCAGUCUCGACAAAAUGGAAAAGCUGGAAAGGGAGCUGCAACCGGACAAGAAGGACGACAAGAAGAAGAAGGAGAAGAAGCCCAGCGCGAUUCGCAGCUUCUUCUCGCGGAAGGACAAGAAGAAGGCGAGCAACGACGACGAUGACGACUCGCUCGGCAAGCGGUCGAUGGACACGGUCAACGAGGACCACGACGACGAAAGCGUCCAAGACUCGCCGCAGAGGGGCGGUCCCCAGAGGCACCCGAGCAAGCUGCAGAAGCCACAGCCCCGCGGCGAGCCGUCGCCGACACGCAAACCCGGAUCGGCGCCCCAGAAGAGCUCGACCCGCGAACUCGCCGAGUACAUUGCGUCCGAGGGCAGGACAAAUGACGUAUCCAAUGUGCCACCGGCGUCUGCGUCGAUGCGCAUCGUUCAGGAGCAGGAUGCUGCCGAGACGUCGCUCGCUUCCAGCAUGUCCAGCGCCAGCCGGGACCGCUCGCCCGAACUCGCCCGCUCGGCAUCGCAGCAGAAGGAGGAGAGGUCGGGCCUCGCAAAGAUCAAGCUGUCACGGUCAGGAAGCAACGACAAGGGCAACAAGGUCGAGAAGCCGCAGAAGGUGACCAAGGCGAAAGCUCGGGUGGAGCUUGAUGACUUUGACUCACCCGACGAGGAGUCCGUCUCGUCACCCGUCGAGGCGUCGCAGCAGCAUCAGCUACAGCAGCAACAAGCGCAGGAGGCGAAGACGGAGGAUAAGCAACUGCGACCAACCCUGCCGGGGGCGUUCCCCGACAGCUACCUCAGCACACAGACAACCUCGAGCGCCCAGUCGGACAAGACGAUCACGCCGGGCGAUGUGUCGACAGCCGCAAAGCCCAGCGACCGCCUCUCCGAGUCGCCCGUCGAGGUUUCGCCCGUGGGCGCCAGCAACCCGCCUGCGCUCAUGGUCGACACGUCCAGCGGCCAUUCGUCCGACUCGCCGUCACCCGAGCUCAUCGAAGCCGACGAAACGACGCGGCGCCACGCGGCCCAGGACUCCAUGACCACCAGCUCGAGCUCGGCUGGCGGCAGCCAGACCAGCAACUCGUGGAACGAUGCCAAGCUGCGGGCGUUCUUCGACUCGAGCUCGGACAUCCGGGAUAUGCUCGUCGUUGUAUACGACAAGAGCGAUGUCGUUCCGGCGGGACCGGAGCACCCCGUCGUCGGACCCUUGUUCCGGGAACAGAAUGCCAAGUUGGCGGAGAUUACGACGCAACUCGACAACAUGCUGGGCGACUGGCUCGCGCGCAAGCAGCGCAUGCGCGGCACCGUCUGA